CUUCACUGAAUGUCCAUCCUGCUCUGUUGAGGUGCAUCAUCGAGAGAACUGACGCGAUUCAAAAUAACACCUGAUACUCCUAAAACAAAGUGCAUCAGUAUGUGGGCUUUCAUCUUAUUUGUCAUCAGUGUGGAGGUGGGUGGAGAAGUUGAUGAUGUUGAAUCAGUUACAGUGAGGGAGGGUGGUGUCCUCAGACUACAUUCAAGAGUUGUUGAAUUAAAGGGGAACUUACAAAUAUUGUGGACGGCUGAAAGUGGCAGUCAGAGUGCCCGUGUUGCACAGAUGUAUCAUGGGAAUAUUUACACCCACUAUGAUGAGAGAUUCACUGGCAGAGUGCAGCUGGAACAACAGACUGGAUCUCUAACCAUCUCAAACAUCAGAAGCAAUGAAUCUGGAAUUUAUAAAGCAUUAAUUGUUAAUAAUAAACAGAUUGCAGCAAGGGAGUACAAAGUGAAUGUAUAUGCGACUGUCUCUGUACCUGCCAUGAGUAGCAGCUCAUUGGAUAGUGUGCACCAAUCUCCAGUUACAUUACAGGAAAGUUUGGAGCUCUGCUCUUUGAUCUGCUCUGUUAGAAAUGAUCAAGACGUGUUCAUCUCGUGGUAUAAAGGUGGUGAAAUGUUGAAUCAGACCAGAAGUUCAGAUCUCAGCAUCAACCUCAGUCUACCGUUACACCUCCAUUAUAAUGAUACAGAGAACUACAGCUGCACAGCUGCAAAUCCAGUCAGCAAUAAGACCAUCUACCUUCAAAUGAAAGACUUCUGCACACAAUAUGAAGAUUGUCAACAGUAUUGUGGUGAUGUUGAGGUUGUGGUUCGGUUGGUUCUGUCUGGUCUUGUGGGCAUUGCCUCUGUUGUCUUUUCUGGUUGAGCACGUGAGGUUCUCCUCUACUCGGGGAAGGGUUUAUUCCUCUGUGUGCUGAUGAAACGUUCUGCAGACAUCAUAACGUGGAAUUGCUUUGAUAUUAAUGCAGCAAGAUAAGUUGCAGAUUUAUCCGCCAUUACAGAUAAUUUACUUGCAUCCUAAAAAGAAUAACUGCUAAUAUUGUGUUAUUAUUAAUAGAUCGUUUUCAUUGAUGUAUUACUGUAGCAACAUGAUUAAAUUAAUUUAGUAGUCGUUUUGGUUCUGUUGUAUUUUUGUGAACCAGUUUCCAUUUGUUGUUUGUUUUUGUUCAUUUGUGCUCUAUAAUGUCAUUUUGUUUAAUGUAUUUCACACACAAUAUUGGUACUACUUAUAUGAUCUUUUACUAUUAACACAUGCCAGUAGAGCACUUGUAAUAGGCCUUAUUCAAGCUAGCGCCACUUUUGGGAUGAGGGGAAUGACAACAAGGCUGUGAGGGAUAGACAUGCACUUUUCCACUGCACGUUACGGUUUGACUCAACUCGACUCGCUUUACGUUUCUGAGCUUGCUUUUCCACUGCAGUUUAGUGCCGCCUCAAUGUGGGUGGGAUUAUAGGCUGAUCGUCAUAUUUGCGCCGCCUCUACUGCCGUGAAAUCAUCUUAAACGUGAAACAAACAUUACUGACCAUAAACGAUAAAACGACCGCUAGCUGUUAGCUAAUAGCUCAUUGUGCUGCAUAAAGCAGUUGUCCAGUAGCUGGUCAACUAAAUAAAGUGAAGCUCUCAAGCAGAGUAUAGAGUUAACGUAACAAAACAUACCAUCCUCCAUCGUGGACUCCAACAACGCCAGUCCAGGUCACUCCAUCCCAUUGCGAAAGAUAGUCCAUUUGGUCGAACCACUUCCACUUUUUUCUGUUUGAACCACUCCGGCUGCUGUGGUCCUUGAUGGUUUUGUAGUCACUUUUAAUUAAAUUGUGUACUUUUCCCUACACUGUUGGUAGCCGUGUGCAGCCAACAGCUGAGACACUUCCUGAAAGACCUUUUCGUUUUGUGUCGUUUCGUUCGUCGCCUACAAGAGGACAUCGUUUAUUGACCACAACGUGGUUUUGCGCCAUUUCUUUUCACAAUUCGAAAGUCGCCUGAACAAAUGAUACCGUUAUCGCUGUUGCUAACUUUAAAACUAGCGGGUUGACGUCCCGUGUUGGAAAUCCAGUGACUCUGGUUGUGACGAUUCUCUCUGAUCAAUCAGUGAUCUGCUGGAUUUUGGCAUCACAUUUUAGUAUCGGCUCGCUUGGAACCUCAACCGAGCUGGUACUAAAAAAAAGUACCAGGUACUAUGCACAGUGGAAAAACCCCCAAAAGCAAGCAGAGUCGAGUAGAGCUGUACCGUGCAGUGGAAAAGCCCAAUUACGGUCUCUUCAAUGGCACUAACGGCGUAAAGCUGUAUAAAGUCCCUAGAUCACAUCUGAUUUUCCAUAAAAUUCUUGUUGUCUGGAGUUCUUUGAAUGCUGAAUCUGCUUGGACAAAUAUUUGAUCAAUUUGAUCAAAAACACUUUAAACUACAGUACAGUCCAUUGAAGAAACUUCAAGUCCAUUCUUCACAGCCUCGUUGUCAUUCCCGUUAAAAAUCAAAGAUGGCGCUAGCGUGAAUAAGGUCUAGUACUCAGAAGACAUGUUUGUGAAGUGUACAACUGUAGUAUAUGCAGGAGGCUUUAGAUUGAACCAGUUAUCAACAUGUCUGAUUUUGAAUUGUUAGUUUCAGUUAAUCAAGAUGAUGAAUGUUGCAAGUCAUUUAAAAAGAGACGAUGAAUUCUUUUCAAGAUUUUUUAUUUUUUUUUAAAUACUUUUUUGGAAUUAUUACCAUUUGGAAUUUGGAAUUAUUGAUGUUGGAUUUCUAAA